AGUUACGCCUGGUUCAACAUCGGCAGCGUGGACACGUUUGAGAGGAACCUGGAGGCGGCUCACCUGGAGCUCGGUCAGGAGCCGUCGCACCGACCGGCCGUCAUCUACAGCACGGAGAGCGACGGCUCCUUCCUGCUGAGCAUGAUCCCAACCCUGCUGCUGAUUGGCUUCCUGCUCUUCACCCUGCGGCGGGGGCCAAUGGGAGGAGGCCCUGGGGGCGUGGAGGGGCGGGCCCUUCAGCAUGAGCGAGUCCACGGCCAAAAUGAUGAAGGACAACAUCGAGGUGAAGUUUAAGGACGUUGCCGGCUGCGAGGAAGCAAAGCUGGAGAUCCUGGAGUUCGUUAACUUCCUGAAGAACCCGCAGCAGUACCAGGACCUGGGAGCCAAGAUCCCCAAGGGUGCCGUGCUCUCCGGACCUCCAGGAACGGGGAAAACGCUUCUCGCCAAAGCUACGGCCGGAGAAGCCAACGUGCCGUUCAUCACCGUUAACGGCUCCGAGUUUCUGGAGAUGUUUGUAGGAGUCGGUCCUGCUAGGGUGAGGGACAUGUUCUCCAUGGCGAGGAAGAACGCUCCGUGCAUCCUCUUCAUCGAUGAGAUCGACGCUGUGGGCAGAAAGAGAGGAGGAGGGAACUUUGGUGGUCAGAGCGAGCAGGAGAACACUCUGAACCAGCUGCUGGUGGAGAUGGACGGUUUCAACACGGCGACUACACUUGUCGUCCUCGCUGGAACCAACAGACCCGACAUCCUGGAUCCUGCUCUGAUGAGACCGGGACGCUUCGACAGGCAGAUCUACAUCGGUCCUCCGGAUAUUAAAGGCAGAGCGUCCAUCUUUAAAGUUCAUCUGCGACCAAUCAAACUGGAUCCCAGUAUGGACAAAGACGCUCUGGCCAGAAAGAUGGCUGCAGCCACACCGGGAUUCACCGGAGCCGACAUCGCUAACGUCUGUAACGAAGCAGCUCUGAUCGCUGCCAGACAUCUGAACACGUCUGUUCAGGGUAAACACUUUGAACACGCCAUCGACCGCGUCAUCGGAGGUCUGGAGAAGAAGACUCAGGUCCUUCAGCCCACAGAGAAGAAGACGGUAGCGUAUCACGAGGCCGGUCACGCCAUCGUUGGCUGGUUCCUGCAGCACGCCGACCCGCUGCUCAAGGUGUCGAUCAUCCCUCGGGGUAAGGGUCUGGGUUAUGCUCAGUACCUCCCCAGAGAGCAGUACCUGUACAGCAGAGAGCAGCUGUUUGACAGGAUGUGUAUGAUGCUGGGAGGAAGAGUAGCUGAGCAGGUCUUCUUCAGUAGGAUCACCACCGGAGCUCAGGACGACCUGAAGAAGGUCACACAGUCCGCCUACGCUCAGGUGGUGCAGUUCGGUAUGAGUGAUAAAGUUGGACAGGUAUCGUUCGACCUUCCCCGGCAGGGUGAGAUGGUUCUGGAGAAGCCGUACAGCGAAGCUACGGCCGAGCUGAUAGACGGAGAGGUCCGAGCGCUGGUGGACCGAGCGUACGAACGCACGCUGCAGCUCAUCGAGGAGAAGAAAGAGCAGGUGGACAUGGUGGGGAAGCGUCUCCUGGAGAAGGAAGUCCUGGACAAAGCCGACAUGUUGGAGCUUCUGGGCCCGCGGCCGUUCGACGAGAAGUCGACGUACGAGGAGUUCGUGGAGGGAACGGGAAGCUUCGAGGAAGACACCAGCUUACCCGAAGGUCUCAAAGACUGGAACAAAGAGCGAGGAGCGGAAGCAGAAGAAGAGACGGAGCAGACUCGGGACAAACAGCAAGCCGUGUAAAAACAAACGCUUCACACCUGCAGCUGCAAAAUAAACCUCAGUGCUGACUCAGCGUUCAGAGCCGGGACGAGUUUUUAUUCAACGUUUCUAUAAAUGAUUAAAAAACCUUCAAGUUAAUAAUUCAAAAUGAUGAAAUUACACCAUCACACAUCGUCGUCAUGGUGAUUCAAGACAAGAAAUUUGUGCUUUUUUUUUUUUUUUUUUUUGAAGUUAUGAAUAAAUUAGUAAAUUUUUGAGGAUGUUUUUAUCAGUUAUAUCUCUCACCCUGACUUCUGCCAGGCUCUGUACAGAAUUUAUUAUUAUAAAAUGUAUUUAACUAGAGAAGAUUAUCAGAAGGCUGCAGGAAGGAAGGGAAAAAAAAAGCCUUAACGGUCACCAUGGAAACCAACAGCAGACUUCAACCUGAGUGGAAGCGAUGCACAGACUGAUUUCUCUCCUUUUUUUCUGUAUUUAUUCAACAACGCUGAAGACUUCUGAAGCUGAAGAUGAAGAUUUAAAACAUUUCUUUAAAAAAAAAAAAAGUUGAAAUAUUAUGACACUUUGAUGUUUGUUUGAAGUUUUUUUAAUUAAUUUACUGCAGCAGAUUAUAUCUCAGAUUGUGCUUCACUGAGUCUGGAUAUAAAACAUCUGGAUGAUCUUCUGUACGUGAUGAUGAUGAUUGUUACCUGCUGCUACACACACAUUCUGCUGAUUUUUAAAAAGGAAAAAUUCCCCGGAAAACAUUAAAAAAAGAGAAAAGAAACUAUUUUAAAGUCAGUUUUCUCACUUUGAUCUUUUUCUUUAUCAGCAGUUUCCUCAAGAGAAUAAAACCAAUUAAACUUUAACCUUCCUGUCGUCCUCCCGGGUCAAAAUGACCCCGUCUGUUUUGACUUCCUUCUUUCCUUCCUCCCUCCCUCCUUCUCUCUUUCUUUCCUCCCCCCUACCUUCCUCCCUUCCUUCUUUCCUCUGUCCUUCUUUCCUUCCUUCCCCCUUCCUCUUUUCCUUUCUCCCUCCCUCCUUCCUUCCCUCCCUGCCUCCUUUCCUCCCUCCCUCCUACCUCCCUUCCUUCUUCCUCCCUUCCUUCUUCCUCCCUUCCUUCCUUCUUCCUCUCUUCCUCCCUUGACUCGAGGACAACAGGAGGGUUAAUCUUUCUUUAACGUACUGAUAAUAACAUUUCUGCCUUCAUGCCAAACUCUUUAUUACUGUUCUAACUAUAACUGUGUCUGUAAAUGUCUCACUUUGUUGUUUUUUGUCUCUGACUUUAAAGUGUUUGUAUCUUUAGUCUCUGAUGAAGCAUCUUUGGGUUUAAAUGCAAACAGCAGGUUAGUUUAAAGGUCUUUGUUAUGUGAAGGUACAAAGAUAAAGUGAAGAUGUUUAAGAAUAAUUAGGCCCGUCGAGGAUUCCACUUUCCUUCUUCCCUUCUUCCCUUCCUUCCUUCCUCCCUUCUUUCCUUCCUUCCUCCCUCCCUUCCUCCCUCCAUUCCUUCAUUCCUCUCUCCCUUCCUUCCUUUUUUCACUACUUCCUUCCUUCCUUCCUUCCUCCCUCCUUACCUAUCUUCCUUCCUCCCUCUUCCUUCCUUCCUUCCUUCCCUCCCUCCCUCCUUCCCACAUCAGAUCAGAUUAUUCUGUUUGUGGCCUUUGAAUGAAGAUGAGUUUGACCUCCUGAACUAGAACAUUUACAGUAAAGUGUUGAAUGUUAUAUUUACAGCUUUAAAGCUUCUUAGUUUAUUAAUGCAGAAACACAGAAGAGCUGCAACAGUUCGGCUGAAUAUUCUCAGAUAUGCAACUUAGACACAUGAAUCAGCACAAACAGAUCAGCUAGGACAAAGAAAAUAACUGGCAGCUGUUUUUAUAAUCAAGUAAUAUUUUUUUUUAAGGCAAAAACAGCAGAAAACUUCCUGAUUUCAGCUCCUCAGUUAUGAAGAUUUGAAGCUUUUCUGUGUCAUAUGAUAUUAAAUUCAAUAUCUUUUAAUUUUGGAUUGUUUAUCAUACAAAACAAGAAACGCCCUCCUGUUGAAAUUGACCCUGUUUGAUUUGACUUGUUUAUAAAAUAUAAGGUUUAAAUUACCACCCAUUAAUUCUAACUUAUUAACACAGCUUUUACACAUAUCUUUGGAAAUUUAAAUGAAGCUUUAACCUCAUUUCUGAGUCAAAUCGUUAAGUCCUCCUGUGUUAAAACUGACCCAAAGACAACAGGAGGGUUUAAUACUAUUUAAUAAACGGAAUAAUGAAUUAAUAAUAAUAAAUAAUGGUUAGUUGCAGCUCUUGUUACACUCUCAGGAUCUUGUUAAUUAUUAAUCUCUCUCUGUAUGUCUGUGUAAUGUUGGCUUAAUCAUCCGUAUGAUGUCAUCACAUUCUAAGCAGCAGUAGCCGUUGUCAUGGCGACCAUCCAAUCAACCUUUCAUGUCUUGGAUACAAACUCACCUUGUUUUAAGUGUUUUUAUCAAUAAAGUUUUUUUCUCUUCUUCAAGUGAAUCUGAUCUGCUGGCAGCAAAAAAAAAAAAAAAAGUGUUUGAAUAAU